AUGGUUGUUGGUGAAAGUGGACUUGGUAAAGCAACAUUAAUUGAUAAUUUAUUUCAAACAGAUCUUUAUCCACAAAGACAUAUAUAUACUGGUCAAGAAAAAAUUCAUCAAUCAAUUAAAAUUGAACCAAUUACUCUUGAAAUCGAAGAAUGUGAUGUUAAAAUACGUUUAACAAUUAUUAAUACACCUGGUUAUGAUGAUAAUAUCGAUUGUACUAAUAAUUAUAAAUUUCUAUUAAAUUAUAUUGAUAAUCAAUUUGAAUGUUAUUUCAAUGAUGAAAAUGGUUUUAAUCGUCGAAAUAUAUCUGAUAAUCGUGUUCAUUGUCUUUUCUAUUUUAUUUCAUCAUUAACACGAGGUCUCAAACCAUUAGAUAUUAAAUGUAUGAAAGCAUUACAUCAUAAAGUAAAUAUUAUUCCAAUAAUUGCAAAAGCUGAUGCAUUAACAUCGGAUGAACUUAUUCAAAUGAAACAAAUUAUUAUUGAACAAAUUCAUAAUAAUAAUAUUGAAAUAUAUCAAAUACCUGAUUGUGAUUCUGAUGAAGAUGAAGAAUUAAAAGAAAAAAAUCUUCAAUUAAAAAAUUCUUUACCAUUUGCAAUAAUAUCAUCAAAAAAAAUUUAUGAAGUGAAAGGAAAAAAAAUUCAUGGAAGAAUGUAUCCAUGGGGUUUAAUUGAUAUUGAAAAUUCGAAUUAUUCUGAUUUUCUUAAACUUCGAACAAUGUUAAUAAUACAUAUGCAAGAUUUUACAACAAAUAACACAUGA